GCCACAACAGCUGGGGGAGGAUUUCCGACCCAGUCACAGUGAAGAUGGUGGCAGCUACAGGAGCACAGAUAUUACGUUCGCCCGGAUAAGACGGAAAAACUGCCACAGAAUUCUCGGAGCAGGUCUGUUUUUAUUUAGCCCCCCAACUCCAGCAGAGAGCUAUAUCAGGGGGGGAAAGGGAGGCAACCAGCGGCGGACGGAAGAGGACGCACCACAGCCAGAGCGCACAGUGUUGUGUUUGUUGGACACAUGCAUGCCAGCGAAAACUAGUGCUAUCCAGACCUAAGGAAUUGGUUGAGAUAAGAAGUCAGCGCUAUUUAAGAGGCGGGUUUUGAUAAUCUAACUGAGGACAUAUCCAACUGGUUUCCUUUGUUGCUCUGGGGAUUUUCUACUUCUUUGCUCUUAGGGGGGAAUGCGAGGGGAGGAAAUCCAGCCUCAGCUCCAAAUAACCAGAGUCCUAACUGGGUCUCCUCUCCAAACGCAGGAAAUACGGCCUGGGAAAAAAAAAGUUUGGGAGCGUUUGGAAACGAGAGGGGGGCUAUCGCUGACGUUUUGCACGCGUUCUUGGUUUUAAAGUACUACGUCUUUCUCUAUCAGACGUUCCUGAUAUUCCACUUUGGUGGCACAGAAUAAGUUGAAGAAAAGCAUUCAAAUGUUACACGCCGUUGGUGUUGUUAUUGCAAGAGUUUUGAUCAUCACUAUUUAUAGACCAGCCUGUUCCGACCGAGGCUGUUCCUCAUAGCUGUAUGUUUUGCCAACUGCGCGCAACAAGUUGCAGACACUCCCAGCAGAGGCAAAGCUACACUAAUUUGGGCCAGCGGAUGGUAUUUUGUGCGCUUCUCUUUUCGGAUUACGCGUCUUUGAAUAGCGCAUACCCCUCCCCGAGGCAGAGGGGGAAUAAACGGUGGAGAUCCGGAGAGGGAGUUCAGGAAAGGACGGGGCUGGAUUCGUGGGAAUAGGCCUGCCUGUCAGGCCUCUUAUGAUCUGGAUCUUGGACUGGACAGGACUCCAAAAUAACUACGUCUGGAAUAUUUGCAAGCGCCCGGUGGAAUAAAGAUGGAAGGAGAAUGUAUGGAAAUAAGAAAUGCAAAUCCUUAGCACAUUGAGCCAUGCAUGAGAAGGGAUGUAGUGGAAGGUAAAUCCGCCUUAAUUACAGAUCACCCACGUUUUUAAUUAACGGAUUUAACAGUUUUCCCACAUUUUUAGAUUGGUUUUAUUUUAAAGUAAACAUCAACAGCAUACAGUCAACUACAUUAUGUGAAACGAGAAUGGACUGAUAAUUUAUUACUUCUCUGAUUUUUUUUUUUUAAUUUUAUAGUUUUGAUGCUUUAAAAUGAUGGAAUUCCUAAUGUCCACACAUUUUUUAUUUUAGGACCGUGUAGUUGUUCAGAACAAAACGAUUGUGUAGUGUUUUUAAAAGGGGAAAGGAAGUGUAAAUGGGCCAUUUGUAGCGAAUGCUGUGGAGAUAAGAGGGGCAGUUUAACUUCUGUAGCCACUUGCUGUGCACAACACCAACUGUUGACAGCCUACAUCUGUAUCUGCUCACACAAUGAAGCCCUGGACCUGAACGCUGUUCCACGCACACCUUAUUUCGGCAAUAAAGAAAAAAAAAAUAGGCAUUCUCUCUGAGGCUUUGUAAUGUCAGCAGUAUCGAAAUACUGCGCAUUUUCAGAGGAGGUCAUUUCCAGUCAUGUAACGUCAGAACCGACUUGAUAAAGGCACAAAAAAAAGAAAAAAAAACCGUUGCAUCACUAACCAGUCCUUUCCGAGAAGGAUGCUCAAUUUGGGAGGCAGGAAGAGUGAUGACAGUAUUUUUACCGCAGUUGGAGAGAAAGCCGGGCUCAAACCCAGAGCCUCUUUGGAGAAGGAUUCAUGUAAUGUGAGUACUGACGCAAACCCGGGGUCGGAUAAUGAACUGCUCAAGAAACUGGAACGGUGCGUCUUGUGUGAGUGAGUGUGCAGGCUGCUGUGUGCGUAGCAAAGACGUCUGUGCCGUGCUCACCAUUCAUGCAGUGUGAUUAUUCCAACAAACACCUUUGCUCUUUCUCUCUCUCUCUCUCUCCCUCUCUGUCUGCCUGCCUGUCACUCUCACACCGCCGCCUCCUCCCUCCUCACCGUGCCACAUGUGCACACAAGGCGCCCACGCACCGCGUCUAAUUGCCUGAGCGCCAUCAGAAGAUAUUAUUAAUAUUUAACACCUCUCCCGCACCUCCUCGUUUCCGCGUCACACCAGUCAAUAUGGCCACUCUGCAACAUCACCGGCAGCUUCUCAUGCAUGGCACGGAAGUGAGCUGCGACUCCAGCGGGGAUGGCGCCGUGACCGUGCGGAUUACCAACAGCGCGCCACACGUGCAUCAACAUGAGCCACUGAAAGCAGCCAACAGUGGAGGAGGAGCUGGAGGCUAUGGAGCUGUGAGUAAAACGAACCCCAACCUCCACAAAUACAGUAUCUCCUCCAGCUGCAGCUCGGCAGACUCUAGACCGGCCAUGACCUCCACUUCCAGGACGCAUAGGAAGGCGCCACCACUGUUUGAACGCUCUGCCGCCCAGUGCUGGGACCCCAAGUUUGACUCCCCCAUCCUGGAAGAGGCGUGCCAAGAGAGGUGCUUUCCUCAGACACAGCUGCGCUUUCGUUAUGUCCUGUUCUACCUGGCAGUUGCGGCUCUACUCUGGGGAGUGUACUUUGGGGUCAACAGUGAACGCUGCCACCCCAUGACUUUCCUAGCUCCCACAGCCUCCUUUUUGGUCCUCCUAGUGCUCCUCUUUUUGUUCACCUUAACCCAGGCCUACACACGGUUGUACAACCAAACCUCCUUGCUCCUGAUCGCAGUCACCUUCGCCAUCACCUUAGCUCCACAAAUACAGACUGCUGGCUACACUGAGCUGGAGUGGGCUGGCGGUGGGAAUGCCUCAUAUCUCUUACCAGACAAUGUAGCAUCACCCCCAACCCCUUGUAUCUCUCCUGUAGGCACAUUUUCCCUGUGUAUGGAGGUUCUUUUAUUGUUGUACAGUGUCCUCCAUGUCCGUCUGUACGCCUCAGUGAUGCUGGGGUUCCUGUACUCUAUAUUAUUUGAGGCAUUAGGAUGGCUACCAUUGCUUCAAAGAAGUUAUGACACUAACGGAUUAGGGACAGGGUCAGUGGGUUCAGGUUCUGAUUGGGAAGGAGACACUCUCCGCUGGUUGGGCCCAGCCAAAGCCCUUCUCCACUUGUGUGCCCACGUCAUUGGCAUCCACUUAUUCAUUAUGUCGGAGGUGCGAUCCCGCAGCACCUUCCUCAAAGUCGGCCAGGCUAUCAUGCAUGGUAAGGACUUAGAGGUGGAGAAGGCCCUGAAGGAACGUAUGAUCCACUCAGUCAUGCCUCGGAGAGUCGCAGACGAGCUGAUGAAGCAGGGUGAUGACGAGGGCGGCAGCGGUGAGAACUCUGGCAAGCGUUAUUCCUCUGGUGCCUGCUCUGCCUCAGCCAUCUCAGUUGGUGGUGGAGGAGGUGGUGGAGCUUCACAAUCUCAAAGUACCACAAGCCCCAAGAACCACCCUCACAACAAUCACAAACGCAAGAAGACCUCCAUCCCCCGGGGCCAGAUAAUAUUUAGGCCCUUCAACAUGAAACGCAUGGAGCCUGUCAGCAUCCUCUUUGCAGAUAUUGUAGGCUUCACCAAAAUGUCUGCCAAUAAGUCAGCACCAGCCUUGGUGGGACUUCUCAAUGAUCUGUUUGGACGUUUCGACCACCUCUGUGAACUAACCUGUUGUGAGAAGAUCAGCACACUGGGAGAUUGCUACUACUGUGUAGCAGGCUGCCCUGAGCCCAGACCGGACCAUGCCUACUGCUGUGUAGAGAUGGGCCUGGGCAUGAUCCAGGCCAUCGAACAGUUCUGCCAGGAGACAUGUGAGACAGUGAGCAUGCGCGUUGGUGUCCACACAGGCACCGUCCUCUGUGGGAUUCUGGGAAUGAAGCGUUUCAAGUUUGAUGUAUGGUCAAAUGACGUUAACCUGGCUAACUUGAUGGAGCAGCUGGGCAUGGCCGGCAAGGUCCACCUGUCAGAAGCCACUGCCCGGUUCCUGGAUGACCGUUACCAAAGGGAGGAUGGGCGGGUGGCGGAGAGAGCCGGGCAGAAUGUGGUGGAGAAACUCAAGGGGCUGAAAACCUACCUUAUCUCAGGGAGGAAGUGGGAGCACGACGUACAGUGUGGCUGUUCUCAGCUGGGACUGCCAGAUGGAGAUUUUGUUGGGAUCAGCCUGGCCUCCUGUCCUCAGCCCCACACCCCAGACCUCAUCCCUGGGGGAGCGCAGGCUGCUGAGCCCUUGCUGCCCCACCAACCACCAGACAGGAGUGGGCCUCCCUGUAUGCCCCGUAGUGUGGUCCUGUCUUCCGGGGCAGAGCUGGGUGAUGAGGUGGCUGUGCUCAAUGGCUGCCAGGAAGAGCACAAGACUAGCAGUGCCAAGUUCAUCCCAGGUCACAGCCCCAGGGCAGCCAACGGUCUUCUGAGCCCCCCACUGGAGGACCCAGUGCGAGCAAGCCAGAGCUCCCUGUGCGACAUGCUCCAGGAGAAAGAGAAGAAAACUAGCACUAGUACAGGGACCGGCACCAGUCUAGGCAUGGCUGGUGGCACAGGAGCAGCGGGUACGGGCAUGGACCACUCCGCCCUUAUGCAGCUGCGUGCCAAAAGUUUCAGAGAAAAGAGUGACGCCCACUUUGUGGAUGUUAUCAGGGAGGACAGUCUGAUGAAGGACUACUUCUUCAAGCCACCCAUCAACAAGAUCAGCCUCAACUUCCUAGAGAGACCUUUGGAAAAAGCCUAUCGCAGUAGCUACAAGGAGGAGGUGAAAAACGAGGUCCAGGUGCAGACCUUUGCAAGCUCCACCUUCAGCUCCUUCCUGGAUGUUCUACUCAGCUGUUUUGUCUUCCUGGCCCUGACCCUGGCCUGCUUCCUUCCACCUCUGGUGAGCCCGGCCACCGUGGGCCCUCCAGCUCCCGCUGCUCUGGCCCUGGCCCCCCUGGCUGGCCUGUUGGAGCUGGCCUCCCUGGUGCUCUCCAUACGUAUGGCCUUCUACCUGGAUGAGGUAAUGAACUGUACCCGCUCCCUGCUCCUGGUGGUCUCUGGCUGGGUCCCCCGUCAUGUGAUUGGGGCCGUGUUGGUGUCCCUCCCUGCCAUCUCCGUCUUGUCCCACCUCACCGUCAGCGUUCACCUGCCUCUCCAGGUGACCAUGUUCUUGUGCUGUGCCACCAUCCUCGCCAUCAUUCAGUAUUGUAACUUCUGUCAGCUGAGUUUUUGGAUGCGCUCAGUCCUAGCCACAGCUACAGGGGUCGCCCUGCUGCUGCUGCUGUACAGCCCCUUGCACAGGUACAGCUCCGGUAAUAACAGCUUGCCAGUUCAUGGACUGAACCUCUCCACAUCAAGUGAUGUCGGCUCAGCGUUUACCACUCCAGAAUCAGGCCCUGAUCCUCCCCCGCGACCUCUUGACCUUCUGGUCCCAGAGGCUGUCCUGGCCUUCUUUCUUCUUCUUCUCCUCGUCUGGUUCCUCAACCGUGAGUUUGAGGUCAGCUACCGUCUCCAUUACCACGGCAACGUGGAGGCUGACAAGCACCGCUCCAAGAUCCAGACGAUGCGUGACCAGGCUGAGUGGUUACUGGGCAACAUCAUCCCCAUCCAUGUCGCUGACCAGCUCAAGGUGACCCAGAGCUACUCCAAAAACCACGACAGUGUGGGUGUGAUUUUUGCGAGUAUUGUAAACUUCAGUGAGUUCUAUGAAGAGAGCUAUGAGGGUGGAAAAGAGUGCUACCGUGUCCUCAAUGAGCUUAUUGGAGACUUUGAUGAGCUCCUUCGCAAACCUGAAUUCAAAAGCGUGGAAAAAAUCAAAACAAUCGGUGCCACCUACAUGGCGGCGUCAGGACUGAAUGUCCGGCAGCUGGCUGAGAACGAUGAUGACUCUCCACACGCUCACCUGAGGGCACUUUUCAACUUUGCCCUGGAGAUGAUGGGCGUCCUGGACGACUUCAACAAAAACAUGCUGGGUUUUGGUUUUAAGCUUCGCAUUGGAUUUAACCACGGGCCACUGACAGCGGGGGUGAUUGGCACUACUAAGCUGCUCUAUGACAUCUGGGGAGACACGGUCAACAUUGCCAGCCGCAUGGACUCCACCGGUGUGGAGUGUCGGGUGCAGGUGAGCGAGGAGAGCCACGCUGUGCUCAGUGCCAUGGGCUUAGAGUUUGACUAUAGAGGUACCGUGAAUGUUAAGGGCAAAGGUCAAAUGAGGACCUUUCUGUACCCCAAAAGUGGGGAAAGUAUAUGCCAAGAUCGAGCGGAGUUGAGCAUCGGAGUCGGACCCUCGACUGUGGCAUCGCCGACAAAGACUUCAGAACCUGUUGCCCAGGCAGCAGCUCUUCUUCCCUCCUCUUCCAAUCCUCCUUCCUCCUCUCUUUCCACACUCCCUCCUCAACCAAAAAGCGCUGUAAGGCCUUCAGAAGCAGGGCCUGAGCCUGUCCCAGCUAAGUCCACAGAGGUGAGGGAGGAAGGAUAUAGGGACGCUUCGCACCUCUCUGGGCAGUCCUCUGCCACAGACCUUCACCUCCCCUCCCGCUCUGAACUAGGCCCAGAACCUAGUGCUGCACAAGCGCCCCCCCAGGUGCAGCCCGCUCCUCUCGCACUUCAAGAGGAGGAGGAUGAAGAGGCCGACGAGCUAACGAAACUCAACGAGGAGUUUUAUGCUCGUCUCUGAUCCAUCCUUUCCCCUUCCCCUGUCUUUUAUCCUCCUGCUGCCCCCAGCUGCUGUCUCUCCAGGACUGUUUUGCAGGUGUGGGCAGGAUGUCCCUUCCUUUAGGCAAGUGUCUUUGGCAUGGAUGAAGAAGAGGGAGUUAGUCAUUAUAACACAUACAGUGUCUAUAAAAAUGGCUACUAACUUCUUUCAUGGGGAUGUUGCCUGAGUGCUGGGGUGGGUUGAACCUGUGUUGAGCACAGCAGUACUUAGGGGAGAAGGCUGACAGGGAUGAGAGGGAAAGGAAGUUAUGUUCGUGUUAUUGUUGAUGAUUUUUCUUAUUCGUUUUUGUUAUUAAGUGCCUUCAGGACUAGAACAGUGAACGAACAAAUAUGAAUACUGAACAAAGUUUUAACAAUCAUUGCAUGGGUUUUUCCCCAUAACAUGUAGACUGCGGAACAUGCUGUGGUUUCUUACUCCAUGCUUUUAUCUUCAAUGCAAGUAUUUCUUUUUAAAAAAAAUCAUUAUUAUUGUGCCAUAUCAUUUGUUUUAACUUGAUCAAAGUCUUGACCUUACUUAAGGGAAAAUCAUUUGCAAUUCUAUAUAAGUGCCAGUGCAGCGUGAUAGGCUGAGCAGGGAACUAUGGGAAGAAUGAGGGAAUCACAUGAAGCAGUGUUAAUUUAUGUAUUCUGCUUUGACACGAGGGCUUAAUACAGUAUUCAUUUGUGCUAACGUCUCAGUUAAAAGGGGGCGUGCUACAAAGCAGGCUGCAUAGAUUUUAGUUUGUGUAGCAGCUAAAUGCACAUUUAAGCACAGGUCUUGCACAGUGUUUUCUAGACCACUUGUAUUUGGUAGUUAUUUACCGUGAGAUAGCUUUUAAGAGUUUAAACGGAAUUCCUGUCUGUCACAACAAGUACAAUCAAAAGCACAAAAUCAAAUCAGAUAAGGGAAUAAAAAAGAAAAUGGAAGAAGGUGGUUUUAAAAAGUGAGAUCUUCACAAAAGCAGGAAGGCACUUUAAAUAGAAUUAAAGUGAUACUGUGGCCCAAAAACUGUCUCAUGAGUAUGAAACACUCACCCCUGUUGACCUGAAAGGUGGCUAUAAAAAGGUUAAGGUUAGUUUCAACUGUGAUUAGAUCAAAGUGAUGCUUGGUUCCAAGGAAACUUCUCAAACCGGCCCUGCAGCAUAGUUGCACCAAAGUACGACUAAAUACAACAGUCUCAAUUCUCAACCACAAACUUUUUUAAAGCCGUCUUUUCAAGCCAAGGUCAGAGUUUGAUAUUCAGAACGUUUUGGGUGGAGUAUUACUUUAAGUGGGACUGUGAGGGACAAUCACUGUGUAGUUCUUGAUUAGAUGAAAGGGUGGUCCACAUUGCUGUCGGUUAAAGUGUCAAAUCAUAGAUCAGCUACAGUACUGUGUGUAAAACCUCAGACUCACAUUUUGUGACGUUCCAUUCGUUGCCUUCACUGCCAGAAGAAAAAACAAACACUUGUCAGUCCAUCACUAUAUAUUUAUUCAGUAGUUAAGUAUUGUCUGCCUUUAGCUGUGUGAUUUGCUGUUGAAGGGGUGGGACUUUUAACUUUAUCCCGUCACAGCCUCUAUAUUGAGGGGGCCCUCUACUGUAUCAAUAUACUUAAAUUGUGCCACUUUAAUUGAGUGAUCUAUAGGUGCAGUGCAACCUAAACUAGCUGAUUGUUUUGUGGUGCCUAAAAAGUAUGACUGUAUUUUUGAGUAUUUUGGUUUUCAGAAAGUUUUGUAUCAUGCUGUUGUCAUAAUGAGGAUAGAUGAUUGUAUGUUUGAGGAAAUUAUGCUCGUUAUGCAGGUUUUGCUGCAUUUUUUUUGGACAAAUUCCAUCUAUUUUUUUUUUUUUUAUUUGUCAUUAACUGGUUGCCUCGAAUAGUGUGGUGGUGUACCUAUUGAAUAAUGGUCACCUAUGUAGUUCUCUUUGCUCUUUACUCACUACAUGCUUUGUCUUGACUCCUGAAAGCACUUGUUUCCUCCUUACACUUUGUGUGCGUAUGUGUGUAUGAGUGUGAGAAAGUCAAUAACACAGAUAAGAUCACCGUAAUGUGAUGCAAAAAGAAAUCAAUCAACUACAUGGCCACUGAUAGCAGUUAGUUUAGCUAUAGCUGCCUUCACCUGUAGAGAGGAAUUACAUACACAAAGCUACAUUCUUUGAAAUGGGAAGAAAAAAAGACGAAGAGGUUGGAAUCUGUACAGUUAUCCUGCAAAAAACAUAUCAUCACUACAUAUUUUAGAGACGUCUUACCUUGCUAUGGCCGCACACAGAAACAGAAAUGACAAGAAAAUGGAGGAACCAUCUCUAUUUAUGUAGCCGUCUCCAUCUGUAGCAUUAAAAAAUCUCUCUGUUUUACCUCUGCCAUUGUGCACUCCAAACAUACACAACCAGUGCCUUCUGAAUUAGGAACAUUUUUAAUCAGUGUGUGGUUAUUUGUAUCAAAUAAUCGCUAUAGCACUUGUAGUAUACAUACAAUCAAAAUCCAAAGAGGUUUCUCCAGAAGCUGUCGCUCUAGAUUGACACACAAAAAAAAAAGCUACACAAGAUCUGCUUUGUUGGUUAAAGUCUUCUUCAUUGGUUUUAAAAUACUUUCUAUCAGGCUUUAAUCUUACUGUUGUACUCUCAACACGCUCACGUUUUCCAAACCUAGUAAGCUGUAGCACACACACACACACACACAAACACACACACACACAAAAAAAACAGAUGACAAUACCAGGUAUCAAUUUUUAAGGGGAGUUCCUGUUUUUUUCCCCCCACAUUUUCCAGAUCACUCCUCUGCCUUACAUAGUUAGAUCAUCUGUGAUUUUCAGGCCAUGUCGUCCUGGCUAUAGCGAGCAGCAGCAGGAUAAAAAAAAAAAAAUCCAUAGUAAAUGUGAGGUGUGAGAUUACACAGGUUGAUGGGCACACCAUCUCUCCAAUAGCGCACAUCUGUACACACGUAUAAAUAAAACUAAAUAUUAAAGUGAACACUGCCGACUCUGUGAUCUGUGAUGAAGACGGGGGAGAAGUAUGUGUGGUGUUUUUUUUUUGAACGAAUGAGAGGUUUUCUUCUUUGUUAGACACACUACAUUUUUAGUUUGAUUCUGCACCGUACUAUCACUCUUAAAUGUCAUUUCAAUAUCAUACUUUCUACAAUUAUGUUGAGCAUUAAGCAUGUAUUACAUGACUCUGCAAGUAAUGCAACACGUGGGAUUCUUCAAAUCACUAGGCUUUGCUCAUUUAAGGAUUUUGUCCUUUUCUGACAGUGUAUUGAUAGAUGAUGUGUGUAUUACAAGAUUUUGUUUUUGCAGAGGGAAAAGAAGUGGCCCUACAAGUCCAGCGCUCCAGUUAAGAAAAUACAGUCAAACCCCCCCCCCCCC